CGCCCUCCCGGGGCCCCGCCGGGAGCGGAGCCGCGCCGAGGGCCGGGCGGGGCGGCAUGCGGGCGGCGUGAGGGCCGGCGAGGCGGGGAACGGCGAGGAACGAGCCUCCCGGCCAUGGGAGAACGGCGGGACGAGGAGAUCGGCGGGCCGGGCAGGGGUUUUCAUCCAGAGUCGGAAGAGUCAAGUUCCCUUUUGCAGACAGCGGUUUCAGUGCUGCAGAGCUCCUACUUGGACUCUACAUCUCAGGACGGUUUUCAGUACAGCCAAGCAAUUCUGGUGGAAAAUGAUGUUUUUCUAAGUGAGCUCAAAGCUUUUGCCCAAGCAAAGGAAGCCGCCGGGUACAGCCAAGAGGAACUGGAGGAGACCUUUGCAUUUCUCCUGUUUGAUAAUGAAGAAGAGGCAAGAGAGGUGUGUCAGACAGGCCUCCGCAUAAACAGCAGUUCUAUUUCCACGCUUGGUGAUCCAGCCAAAGGGGUUUAUAUUUCCAAGUAUGCAGACUGUCUUCAUCCAAGACCCUGGUAUCAUGGAAAAUCAGGCUAUAUUGUCAUUUGUAAGCUAAUUAAGGGGAAGGUUAAGGUAGUAUCUGAGAAUUACACAACCAGUUAUACCUGCCCAUCUCCUGGCUACGACUGCCAUGUCGCCGUGAGCAAAAACAACGUACCAUCAAAGACCAGCUGCUGCCAGGCCUUCGAGCAGAGCCAGUAUUACGUGUAUGAAGUGGCUGAUGGCAGCGCUGCCGAGCGGCCCAGGCAGAUCUGCCCCUACAUGGUCAUCGCCUGCCAGUACAGGGAGCCAAAGGAAAUGCCUGUCUUAGCUAUAGAGAGCCUACCUGAGCUUAAUCACAAAGCAUUGUACUGUCCAUGGAGGGGGCAGCUCUCCAUCCGGGGCCAGCUUUUGUGCAACAUCGCCCUGAGGACCCCAUACAGCUCCACGAUUCCAGCCCAGCUGCCUCCCAACCUGGACAUUAACCAUGUCAUGGGUUUGUCUGACUUGAAGAAAAAGCUCCCGGAAGCUGCAUUUGGGAAAAGAAAUUACAUUGAGAGUGAAGUCUGCUUUCAGGGUGUUUACUUCAGCCUGUAUGAAGUAGAAAUAUCAAAUAAGGAUCAAUAUAAAAUGGAUCAGUUAGUAGAAAAUCUAAAGGAAAAAGACUUGGCAAUCAUCAAAUAUUUACAAGACCAAGGAGUCCUUAUCCUCCUCACGUCUUCUGCCUUGGCACGAGAUGAUGAAUUUGACCCCAGGGAGCCUGUCAGCCUCCUGGCCCUGUUUCUGUUCACCUCAUCCCGCUCGGUGUGCCUGAGAGUUGAAAAUCACAAUCCAAAAGAUGAAAGGGAAGAUGGUGACGAUAGUGACAUCUCAUUAAAAACAACCUCAGUUUUGCCUGGACUCCGCUAUGCCUUACAGAGAGCCGCCAGUUCUUCCCGGGAGGACGCAGUCAGUACCAGCAUACGUAUCAAACAGCACUUCCAGGAAUAUGCAAAACUUGAUCAAAACACACAGCCCACCUCUGGCCAAAACAACGAAGUUCCCCUUUCUUCUCUCCUCUCGCCAACUGAGGAUGAAUGUACUAAUCCCUUCAAAAAAUACUCAGAGCAGUCCUUCUCCCAGCUGCAGCAUUAUCUCUCCGAUCCCAGCAGCUAUACUCUGGAAAUGUCAGCUGCCUUAGGUUGUUUAACUGGUGCUGUUCAGUCUCUUCGCUGCGGUUCAGAGGCUGAUUGUAAAGUGGACUUCCCUUCAGCUGCCCCACCGGACCCUGUUCCUCCCAACACAGCAACGAAAAUGAAAGUCAGAAGUGAAAACCCAAAGCCCAAGGUGGGGCUGGACCAGAGUGAUGACGGGCCCACAAAAGAUGUCAGCUCAGCCAGCAAGCUGUGGGUGCAGCAGAGCAGGAGGAAAUCCAACCAAGCUGUUGUGACCAGCACCAGGAAGAAAUGGUCACCCCUCAAGAUGCAAAUGCAUCCUAUGGGGGACAGCGGCAGGAACAGGAAAGCAACCAAGAAGAAGAAAAUCAGCAUCUCUUUCUCUUUUUCUAAAAAGCCAGGCCUCACGGCCAAUUCCAACGAGCCCAUGCUUAAAUUAGCCAAUUUGAAGUUUCCACACAGAAGGAAAAGAGGUGCAGAGGUCCUGUCAGCAGAAUUUGUGCACAAAACACACUCUGAACGUGCUCAAAAGGAAACCUCAGCUCCCAAUGAUCCUAGCUUAGAAACAAAGAGACCAAAGAUACUGAAGAACCCAGACGUGAAAACGGUUCCUGUUGCUGAGACCAUCACGAAGCAAGCAGAAAAAAAAGCCAAAAAGCAACCAGAAAGCGAGUGGAAGGAGCCGUGCUCUGCCCUCCCGAGUGGAAUUUCUUCCCAGUGCCACGGAGUGGAUAGCCAAAUGAGCGAGACUUACCCGGGUGGGCUUGCUGAUCUUGGUUUCGAUCUGAAGGGGAACAACAACGAGUCCCACGCCUUGAACUUGCUGGCUGAUCUGGCUCUGGGUUCUUGUAUUCCUUCAUUUAUCCCCAGGGACAGCGGGAUGAUCGCUGUGCCCUGCAACCCCGCCGGCGCCGCCGCGAAGGACCAGCAGAGUCAUCGCAAGCACAAAUCCUUGCGUCUUGCUUCCGACCACAAAUACCACAGGAUGGACAAGCCUGCAAAGGGAGCCACCUCUCCUAGCAAAGCGUCACCGAACCAAAAGCUUCCUCCUGAUGAAAAAAUAGGCUUAAAUGACUUGGCCUUUAUUCCCAGGGAGAAAAGUCCUGGGAUUUUUGGCAAGAACAGUGUGAGCCCCAGCCCUGCAAAACCCAAUGCAUUGCCUCCAAGAGAGACUCAAGAAGCUGCUGAGGUAAACAAGCACGCCUUCAUCUCCGCCGAGCACUCCUACGCCUCGCAGAUGCCCGAGCACUCGAAGAAACACGUGUAUCCCAGAGGUUCCCCCUACCCUGGCCCAGCACCCUCCAGAAACGGUACCAGGAACGCCCGAGCAGGACCCCUGGUUGGGAAAGUCCUGCCUUUCCGCCACCAGCAGGACAGCACCCACCCACAGCCGCCCUCCCAGGCCGUGGCGAUGAGGCGCAGGAGCAGCCUGCUCUCCCCCAGGCCGAAGGAGGACUCCGGCAGGUCCCACACAGUGAACAUUUGCGGCAAGUCCGUGAAGGUGACGUGUCACUGGGAGGCAGAGUACCUCUUCAGUUUGGACAGCAGGUACACCAACGAUGCCCUGGAGAAAACCGUCAUCCGCGCCCUGCACGGGCCCUGGGACCCUGAUCUGCCCGACGACGUGGAAGAGAUGAAGCUGAUACUUCAUAUGUGGGUGGCUCUCUUCUACAGCAAACCCGGCAAACUCCUGAGCAGCACGAGGAAGGUGGUGGAGCACAGCAACCCCGAGAAGUACGUCUCAAUAAACAGCACAGGGGACUUUCUUGAGCUGAGUGAUGACGGUGAGGACUGUUAUGGGCUGGAGACGUGCCCUGCAGACUCUCACUUAGACCCUGACCAGACACCCAGCAGCUCUCUGGAUCGCAGCACACAUUACCAGGAACGUUUCCACCCGGCGGAGAGCCCUGCAGACUCUCCGACUGAUGCUAAUGGGAAUCCUGGUGUUGUCGAUAGUACGGUAUCGUCUUCUUUGGGGGAGCUGUCCUGUGGGGAGGAGGAGCCUUCCUCCACAAGCUGUCCCGAGAGCUUUUCCCGUGCUGAACAUGCUGAUGAGAACCUGGCUGUGAAAGACAGGCAGCUGGCGGUCGUUCCUGAGGAGCGUGUGUGUGAUGCCUCAGCCAUCACUGUGGAGGAGCCAGCCAGGGAGGGACUGCCGGACGCUACGAUCGUCCCCAGCCCUUCCAAUGAGCUCAGCAAGCCCCCAGCUGCCCUGGGCAGGGAAAAUCCAUGCAGCCAAGCCCCACGUUCCAGUCCAGCUCCUUGGAGUGCUGCACCGAGUGAGCUGUGUGGACAUGAAGAGGAGGAGGAGGAGGAGAGUGAGUGGGCAGCAGGAUCAGGGGGUGGCCCCGGCCCUCCCGAGGAUGGGGAGAGCGUGGGAAGUGCUGGGCACUGGACAGAAGUCAAGGACAUCAGCUGGGCCGGUGAUUCGAUGCCUUUAGAAACGAGUCCCAAAAGGGCAAAGGCCGACGGAGCCAGUGGGGAAGGCAGGGAAUCGCAAGAUCCCUUUGGGCAUCCAGAAAAAGAGGAGGAAGAGGGCAAAAAAGAGAAAGAGGACGCUGAAUACGAAAGCGCAGCCCUGGGGCCUGUUGAUUUAGAGUUGUCUGAAAGCGUUGAUGCCAACGUGGAGCAUGAACACAGCGAGCAGAAGCGAGUAAAUUCAGCGUGUGCAAAGGACUUCGGCGUUCCUGUGGAGGGCCCUGUGCCCAGCCCCACUGCCUUAGCAUCCUCCUGCCCGGGCAGAUCAACACCAGUGCUGCCAGGUGGGACCGGGACUGGCCCUCAAGGGCUUCCUGGUGAGAUGGCACCAAGCCUGGGCAGACUGCAAGAGCCCUGGGAGGCUCCAGCCACCUCAGGCACGGAGACAAGCCCUGUUGGUUUGCCACGCGGAGCCAGUCCAGCCGAUGUGGGGUCACCCCGUGGCAGCGAGUUGCUGCUGCCCUUGCCAUCUGACCCGAGCUUUGCCUGUGAGGCACAGCCAGACAGCGUUAGGGACGGCUUGGGACCUGCUGGAGAGACGUUUGGGGACGGCUUGGAGCUGAAAGACAAGGAUCGUGCGCCCUCUGCAGAAAGGUGGGAGCCUGCUGGGAGCAAAGCCGGCGGCACAGCCGGCCUCGAGUCACCACACAGCCAGGGACUGUCACUGACCUUGUCCCCUGACUCCAGCUCCGCCUGUCUCGCGGCUCUCGAUGUCGCAACAGACCCUGGGGCUGCUCCAGAGGAGCGGGAGGCCGUGGCAAGCAUCCAGUCUCCAUCGUGGAGCGACUUGGGAGAGAGCAGCUGCCUUUCCCAAAGGUGUGGAGGCUCCGUUUGCGCUCAGCUCGCUUCGCUGAGCUCUGGCGAAUCGAACCAAGGAGCCAACGAGGUUUUGGUAGAAGAACAGCGUGGCAGCCCUUCUGCCAACCGCCCAGAUGUGCUGGGUGAAUCCUCAGGCCGCCGGGGCUUCACCUUCGACUCUACAGCCUUAGCAGGUGACUCUGCAGCUGGGGAGAGCGACGCUGCGUGCCUCGGCGCAGAGGAGUCCCCCAGGAGCGAGAAAACAAACACAGCGACGGUGACUGACGCCCCGCCGGAGCCCCAGACCUCUCUUCUCCACCUCCUGGAAUCAGAGCCCUCCUCCUCAGUGAGAGAGGGGAUGUCUGCCCUGAAGGAGCACCUCAGACAGCAGCAAAGAUCCCCAAACUGCCUGUCCCCACCUGCCCACGGAGGCUCAGCUCCUGCUUCUCCCCGGCUCCCCUGGGACGGAGACGCAGGACCCCGCCUCUGCUUGUUAGAGCAAAGCGAGCAGGAGCCAGUUCCGUGCCAACACGGGAAGCCCCGCGAACAAGUAGGUGCUGCAGAGGCGAGCGUGGCGGCCGAGAGCCCAGACGGCUCCUUAAAUCCCAGGCGUGCAGAAGAGCUGGAAAAAGACACGGGUCCGUGUCAUGUGGAGCCAGCGGAGAGCUCCCCCGUGGACGUGCUCGUGCCAGGUAACCCGAGAUCGGUGCCGCCUCCCCCUCCUCACAACCACGGGGCAGGUCUGCACAGCGCCGAGCCAGACUCGGUCCUGGGUGUGCACCCUGAGGUGUGCUCCCCCGGCCCCAGUCUGGCUCCGGAGGGUGCCCCGAGGUCCUGCUGCCUGGGACAACUGCCCCCACGUACCUGCUCCGGGCGUGCCAGCCCCGGGGCCCGAGCAGCAGCCGCGGAAGGGAGCUACGAGAAGGAAUCCAUCCUGCCCGAGGAUUCAGAAGGAGGAAGCGGCAGCAGCCCUCUCGCCAGUCCUGCAUCUUUUUCAGCAGGGGAGUCGCUCGUGCCGCUGCGUGAGCCCCAGUCUGGGUGCGAGCAGGGUGAGGCUGAGGGAUCCAACACCUUGGCUGAUCCGCACCGUGCCAGCACGGAGCGGGGAGAGGAAGAAAUCCCCACUCUUCCCUUCCCAACAUUGCCGUUACACGCGCACAGGGGGCUCUCUGGAGAAAGUCUGGAGCUUAGUGACACUGAGGCUAUCUCAGAUAUACUCCCAAGGGCAAAGCUCCCCAGCCCAGGCAGACGCGUGGGCUUAACCUCUGAAGAUCUGUUUGAGACUUUCUCCAGCGACUCAGACCAGGAAUAUUUUGGGAGGACUUCCCGGUCCCUGCUUAGAGGCAGGGGUUCCAACAGCACGAGAUCCAGGGGUGCUGCAGGCUCAAGGACUAAUUGCUCCUCCUCCUCGUCCUCCAGCUGGGUGCACGUGGAGGGGUGCAGCGAGGACUGGGGCUGCUCACGGGCUGAGCACGGCUGGCCGAUCGGCCCGGGGGAAACCAGCAGCGGGCACGUUCCACCAUAUGUCAAUAUUAGGGACAGCCAGGGGAUUGCCAAGGACUACCGGAACUUUGUAGUCACCAAAAAGUGCCAGGAGCAGAUGGGAAGUUUUCAACCUUCAAAGAGGCUCAGCCGCUGCACCGGGCAGUCUCAUUUGUUAAAGUCGCUGAUGGGGACUUGGAGGGGUUUUGAGGAAAUCACCCAACACACUUUGGACAUGGAGUGUCUGCGUUUCCAUUAUAAACUGAAACAAAUCCUAAGGAGUGGGAAACCACCCUUUUCUACCUCCGAAAGCAUCUUUCCACAAGACUUUUCUACCCAGGUGAUGUCUGAGACAUUGCUUGGGCGAGAAGCUCCUGCCCCGCUCUCCCCGCAGAGCAGGAGCCCUUUGCAGGUGACGAUCCUGCCCUCAGCCACGCGGCCGAGCGGGCUCGGCUGGCACCGGCGAAGCGGCCGGCACGGGGACCCGCGUAACCCGUGGCAGGACACCCUCUGCAACGAGGGGAGCAGAGCCCGAACCCCAAGUCGGGGCCGCGCGGCUCCUUUCCACCUCGGCAAGCUCAGAUACGACCAUAAGCUGAAGGACUUGCGGGGGGACAUCGCCGUCAUCCUCGACGAGUACGCCGAGUUGAACAGGGUGAUGCUGAGCAGGGCCGAGGCGGGGGGCGAGGGCGGAGGGUCGCUCGAGGCGGCGGGGGAGCGGACGUGCCCGUCUCUCCCCGGGCAGGUGGCCGCCUUCGAGGACAUGAUCGAGGACCUGCGCCGGGCGCUGCGUUUCCACCUGCGCAGCGUGGCCCGGGAGGCCUGCGGCCGCGCCGACAUGUUCUACCUGGUGGAGACGGGCGACGACCCUUUCUUUGCAAGGGUGAAGUCCUUGCUGAAGAAAGACGGCCACGUGGAGAUGGAGCCUCUGAGCUUCUGCAAAGCGAAACGCCUGGACGCUGACAGGCUGCUCGUCGUCAUCAGGAACGAGGACAUUUCCUCGCACAUCCACAGCGUCCCGUGCUUGCUGAAGCUAAAGCACUCCCCGAACGUGGCGUUCGCCGGCGUGGACAGCCCCGAAGAUCUGACAGGUCACACGUACCAGGAGCUGUUUCAUACCGGCGGCUUCGUGGUGUCGGACGACGAGGUGUUGGACACGGUGACGCCGGGCCAACUGAAGGAGGUGGUGAAGGUGCUGGAGAAGCUGAACAGAAGCGGGAGGUGGAAGUGGCUCCUUCACUACAAGGAGAGCAAGAAGCUCAGAGCAGACAGCAGCAGGGCGGACGCUAACGCCCACAAGAAGCAUUUGAUCCUCCGGUCGUGCCAAGGAGCCGACCUCCUCGAGGUGCUGCACUACCACGCCUGCGACGCCGGGUCGUCCCCCAAAUCCGAGUACGUCAAGUGCUUGUUGAACCUGCAGGUUCAGCACGUCCACGCCAGGUUCGCCGUGUAUCUCACAGAAAAACCCAGUGUCGGCAGGGAGGCCCUGGAAAGCAGAGGAAUCCUUGUGACCGACGUCGAGACUUUCCUCAGGACGGUGCAGAAAGCGGCCGCCCCCUUUAGCAGAAGCUAUUGGUGACGAAGCGAAGCCGCGGCUCCUCCCCGGGCACCCCGCUGGGUGCUGCACCCAGGAGCUGGGUGUGCACCCAGAGGUUGGCUCCGGUUCUGUAUAUAGAAAUUAUUUAAAGAUGGCCAACGGAAAUCCCCCCCGGGGGGAUUUACUCCCCGCCAUCAAGUUGCAUAUAGGACAGAGGUUAUUUUAACAUUACACAGUUUUAAAUUAUUGGAGUGUUUUCAAGUGAUUCGUGCAGCUAAUGUUGGAAGAAAUAGGAAACUAAAAAGCCGUUUACUUGAAGGAGUGCUAGGAAGCCACAAUAAUAAAUUAAUUUUCCCCCUGGCUGUACGCAAGCCGCCGGGGCGGGUGUAACGCGCUGGUGGCCGGCGGCUCCGCCACCGCAUUUCAACUCGCCCCUGUGGCCUCUUGGUACCGGUUCACGGCUGGGCCCCGAGUGCACCCCAGCACGUGGAAGUCCUGCAAACAGCCAGACGACAGGGAUGCAGGAACAAAACAAAACACACACACAAAAAAAAAAUAAAAACAAAAAAUAAAAAAAUAAUAAAUAAAGCAGCUCUUAUUUAUGGCAGCUCCGACGACAAACACGCUCCCUGAAGAAAACGCCGCGUUGAAAACCUUUGUAAGAUACCCUGUCUAUUGAUGUGGAGGACGGGGUUGUCCUCUUUUUUUUUUUUUUUAAUAAAAGAAUGCAAGAACAUUA